CGGUUUCCCGUAGUGCAUGCAUUAACAGGAUCAGAAUCUCACAUAUCCAUAAGCAUGGCUCUUCAAUUAUAUAUAUUAUUAUUCCUCAUAUAGCCUACUAUCCCCGGAUCGUACUAUAUUUACGCAUCUUGUAAUUACUUGUCUUGGAGCACCAGCUGGCCGGCCUCUCGGUCGUCUAGCUAGAUCAUUGUGGGAUAUCAGUGGAUGCAUAACUCUGUCGACGAUCCGUCCCCCCGCGGUUCAAUAUGGAUCAAGAGCUGUGGCCUUCUGGGCUAGGAGUCCUGGUCAUCGAUAACAACUUUUCGUACCUGAAGGUUAUGGAGGAACUACUUAUCAAGUGCAGCUACAAGGUUACAACAUAUAAUAAUGUUAGAGAAGCAAUGUCCUUCAUCUACGCCAACCAGCAAUCAGUUGACCUCAUCAUUUGCGAUUUGUUCUUUCCAACUGAAGACACUUUACUGAUUCUGCGAGAAGCUACAUCAAAGUUUGGCAUCCCCACAGUGAUAAUGUCUUCAAACGGAGAUACGAGCACAGUGAUGAAGUACAUCACCAAUGGGGCUUCCGAUUUCCUGAUAAAACCUCUGAGGAUUGAAGAACUGAAGAACAUCUGGCAGCAUGUGUUCCGGAAGCAAAUUGGGGCGGAGCACAGAAUGUGCAACAAUGUUCAACAUAUCGAUCAGCUGUCAUUUCGAACCACUGAAGCCACGGCGACGUUGGACAGUGAGAUAAGAGAGAAUAACGGGAUGGUCACAGAUAUACAGGACCUCAGGAAGUCAAGGCUCAUCUGGACUAUGCAGCUGCACCGCCAAUUCAUUGCAGCUGUGAAUUCCCUGGGAGCAGACAAGGCAGUUCCAAAGAAGAUACUGGAGAUAAUGAAGGUUAAACAUUUGACAAGAGAGCAAAUCGCAAGCCACCUGCAGAAGUACAGGCUGCACCUAAGAAAUUCAACCCAAACAUUGCACAAAGAUGACACGCCUUCAUCGUCAAGCUAUCCCAAUAAUGAAUCAAGCAUUCUCAGAACCCAACUCAACAGUUCUUCGAAUUCAUUGUAUUUUGAUCAAGAUGGAUGCAUGGAGAUCACAGACUAUUCUUUGCCCAAGGACGACCUCUCAAGUGGCUCAGAAUGUAUUCUGGGAGAACGAAACAACUACUCACCUGAAUGUUUUCAGGAUUUCAGAUGGGAUUCAGAUAAACAGGGAUCUGAAACAACAUAUCUAUGGAACUUCGAGGCAGAGUGAUUCUGUCACAAACAGCAUGCAUGUCUCUGCCAGGAACAGUAUUAACACCAUAAGUAAUAAGCAUACAAUGUGCACUCAUGUGGCGUGUGCUGAAUAAUAGCCUGUGUACAGCAGUACAUCCUGAAUAAUAGCCGAGAGCCACUUUAUCUUCCCAGAAGUAUAUGUAUUGCGUUGCGUUGCCUAUGUCUCUAUAGUUCUGGAAUAUGAUCAACUCAUCAUUUUGUGUUCGUUGCGCUACAACAGAGCCCAGAACGGGAAAAUAUUUGUUGUUAA